CUUUUCACAGUUUGCCUUCAACUCUUUUCUCGGUAUCUCCUCUGCAACCGUGCUCCUUUGCUUCUGCUUCUGCGCCCCAACCCCCUAGUCCCAAGAUUUGCUGGCACCCACACUACGGGAAGAACCGCAGACAGGACUGCCAAGCAGAAGUGUGUCCUUGCGCACGCACGUCUGGCGCUGGUUUUUCGCCUGUCUCUAGCGUCCCUCGGAAGCUCUGGGAAGUAGUAUGUGCUCCAGAAGAUGGGAAUGGUGUUCAGCUGUGGAACUGCUGCUGCUGCCUCUCCUAGUGGCUGGCAUUUCAGGUGUGCUGGACACCUCUUCAUGUGCAAGGAGUCCCAUCCUGAGUCAAGAUUCUCCAGAGAAGAUCACUUGUAUCUCUGGCAGCAACGUGACCCUGAAAACCUCCAAGAAGAUGCUUGAUAACUACAUCCAUGGCACAUGGUUUUACACUACCAACCAGAAGAUUGUGGAGUGGGACUCAAACAAGCCUAAUUACUUCAACACUAAAUUUAAACAGAGGGUCGAACUCGAUCCUCAAAGUGCUGCAUUGCACAUCUAUAAUGUCGAGAAAUCGGACAGCAGUACUUAUCUCUUGAGAGUAUCCAACGAGAGUGGAUCUGAAUAUGAUAUCUCCAUAAUCUUGGAGGUGUUUGAUCCUGUACCCAACUUUGUGAUAAAAACUGAGACCAAAGAAGUGAGUGGCGUCUGUUACAUGAAUCUAUCCUGUGAAAUACCAGACCAGUCUGUUGACUACAUUUGGCAUACAGACUCAGGUCCAUCGCCAAAGGAACUCCACAGAAGUGUGCUCCAAGUCACGAUUCCGCCCCAAAACAAGUCCAACUCUUACACCUGUCAAAUCAGCAAUCCUGUCAGCAGCCAGAAUGACACAGUCUACUUCCUUCCACCCUGUAAUCUGGACCGAUCCUCUGGAGUGACUCAUAUUGUAAACUUGUUAGUGCUCUUGAUACCCACUAUUCCUGUCCUCCUACUCACCUGAAACGACUCUUCUAACUCAAGAAUGAAGCUUCCAAGACAGACAGUCUUACCUUCAUCAGCACUCAUGGCCUCAGCCAGGCCGGAAGCUCCAGCACGUAAGGUGAGACAAAGCGUGUUAUGGAAGCACUUAUGAAUCUUUUCAUUUAACUUUUGAAAAACAGUGGUUAACGAUUCAUUUUAUAACCCUGAGCCAUGUAAUCUUACUGAUAACUUGACUGCAUUAAGAGACUCUUGGCAAGAUGACUGGAUUGUGGGACCUUAUACUCUUCAGUGGACCAAGCCAUGAUAAUCACAGCAGAAUGUACUCUUAGGAAGCGGGGCCUCACUGGAGGUGGGCCACUAGGGGCACACCUGCUGCUCUUCACCUGCGCUCUGAUUCCUGGCCAUCAUGAAGUGACAGGAUUUUACUCCACUGUUUUCUUUGUCAUGAAACUUCUGCCUUGGACCCAGCUGAUCAUGGAUGAAACUUAAGAAAGUAUGGUCCUGAAUAAACUUCUCCUCUUACUGUG